UUCUAUCACUCCAAGAAGCUAAAGUUAGUUUAAAUGCCCAAUCCUACCCAUCUGCGUUGAUGAACAUCGGAUUAAUACUAAUGUUAACAUUAUUCAAUCAAUUAAUCACAUAACAAUCAACCAAGAUACUUAAAAUAUGGGAAGACGGCACAGUGUGUUUAUCUGUAAUCCUAAGACGGGAGGUAGUGUUUCGUCUCUGGAAAUAGCUCCCAGUUAAUAAUAGACACGUGGAUAAGAGGACGACGACUUUCGCUUACGUUUCAGUUUCAGUUUCACCGCGCCGUUGAUUCGAAAAGUUUUCCCCAAUUGCGCAGCUUUUUUUUUUUUUGUGAAAGGAAAAACAAAUUUUCAAUUUUGAUCCCAAAAAUUUCGAAUCCCAUCGAAGGGGGAAACGUAGAUGAAACCCUGCUUAGAGUCCUGAAACUGCGGCCAGAGAAGACAAGUAGCAAACAAAAAUGGCGAAGAAAGUAGGCGCGAACGCUAUGGAUGACGUCGAUCGAUUGUUCCAGUGUUUUAAGUGUGGGAUUUCUCCUCCUGCCUCUGCUAUGAGAGAAAGGAAACGGAGCAAAACAAUGCUCAAUCCAGAGAAUAUCAUCACUUCUCCUGGGACCUGUAAGAACUUGCAGCCAAGUUCUUUGUCUGGGAAGGGGCAAAGAAAUCAUAUUGAUGGAAGUCUCAGUCUCAGUCGAGACUCUCUUUCUAGUUCCACGAAUGUGAAAAAGACUAUUGGGAGGCAGUUUUCACCGAUUGUGUUCUACGGUUCUCCAAAUGGCGUUCCUCCGAAAAGACCAUUGACUUUGUUAAGACUCUUGCGUGAGAUACGUAUUGAUCUCAGUGAAGAAAGGAAAGCUAUCUCCAGGAAAGGAGUUUGGGCUACGUUUCCUCGGCAAGACGAAGCGAUUAAGUUUGAGAAGAGGCAUGAGAAUGUGCGUGUUUUUAGUUAUCAAGAACAUUUUAGUGGGCAAAGAAGGUUUCUUGUUUCCAGUUAUGAAGAAUUCUGGAAGAGAUACAAAUCUAUGAAUCCAAGGCAUCGACAUCAUUAUGAAGUGAUUCAGGAGGGAUUGCCAUGCCAUAUGUACUUCGAUUUGGAGUUCAAUCUGAAAGAAAACGAAGGGAAAAAUGUGGAUGAGAUGGUUGAUAUCUUGAUAUCAGCCAUUUUAGAGGCCUUGCAUGAGAAAUAUGGUAUUGAAGGACAAGAAGAAUGGAUAGUGGAGCUCGAUUCCUCAACUAAAGAUAAGUUCUCUCGUCAUUUACUUGUCAUCAUUCCAAAGUUGGCCUUUAAGGACAACUCACACGUUGGUGCUUUUGUAAGAGAGCUAUGCUCAAGGAUAGCAAGUGCGAAGGAAAAAGAUGAAAGGUUGCGCAAGUUGUUUGUUCACAAAGAGGCUAAUGAUUCGGCGUCCUUGCUUUUUGUGGAUACUGCUGUUUACUCUAGAAACCGUUGCUUCCGUCUUGCACUAUCAUCAAAAGCUGGAAAGACGUCGGUUCUUCUACCUACAGGACGGUUCAAAUGCAAGGAUAUGGGUGAAGAAGAUGUUUUCAUGACAUCCUUAAUCUGCAACGUGGCAUCAGAUUGUGAGAAGCUUCUGGUUUGCAAGAUGGAGUCAGGCUGUAUGAAGACACUUUGCUUUGACACGGAGGUGAACAAUAACAGUAUUGUAAGACACCAUAAUGCUCAUAAAUUCCAAGUGGAUGCUUGCACAAGUGACAUGUCAACAUCCUACUUCGGGGGCAAGUCCCCGUUCCCGCUCCUGGACCAAUUCAUAGAAUCCAUUGCAUCCACCGGGAAUAUCUCAGGUAAGAUAAGGUGCUGGUACUGGUUUCAAGAAGAUAGCCUGAUUGUGUACAGCAUGUUAAGAAAUAGAUUCUGUGAACGAAUUGGCAGGGAACAUAAAGGCAAUCAUGAUUAUCGAUCUCCGAUACGUCCAGUUCCAGAUAGUUGCUUACCUGAAGAUAUAGUUUACCAUCAAGUAGAGACACAGAAUCUAUGUGGUAAGCUUUAUCCAGAAAGAGAAGGUUACAUUGAUAGCGAGUGCGAUCCGGAUAGUGUUUCUAGUAGAGGCUCAUGGUGGCUUGAAGCAGCUAGAGUCGCAGAUGAUCUUGAAAGCAAACCCAAGACACUGGAACCUCUUACCUUGGAAAAUUUCGAGGAAGAUGAUGAUGACUGGUGGUUAGCUGCAGAAGAGUCCUUAAAAGAAUCUCAUCUUUAAAGUCCUUCCCAAAAAUGCCCUUUGAUUUCUACAUUUGUGACCCGACCAAAGCCAAAAGACCAAUCUGGGUUCGUCUUAUUCCAUUUUCUCUCUUUAAAAACAGCCAUCGUAUCCUCCAAAAUCAUAAAAUCAUAAAAUCAACAGAUCCCUCAAAAUAAUUCAAUGGCUUCACUCCCAGUUUUCAUACCGGCCAAGUCGUUUCCUUCGAUCCUCUCACAUGAAACCUUGAUCAAUCACUUUCAGACCAAACUUCCCACACAUUCCUCAACAAUCACAAGCCCUGUGCGCCAAAACUACACCGUUUCACCACCUUCCUCUCUCCUCCUCAUGCCUUCUUGGUCAUCUUCUCCUUCUCUCCCUUACAUGGGGGUCAAGCUCGUGACCUACUUCCCUCAAAACUCCUCUCAGAACUUACCUGGCAUCCAUGGAUCCUACACACUCUUCAGCUCCACCACAGGACAAACCCUAGCUUCAAUGGACGGUACCGUUCUUACCCUUUACCGUACUUCCUCUGUUUCAGGCUUAGGCUCCAAAAUCCUAGCUAGAGACGAUAGUCAGGUGCUGAUCAUGGUUGGUUCCGGUGCUCUCGCGCCACACCUGAUUAAAUCCCACCUAGCUGCGAAACCAAGCUUGAGAAGAGUGAUCAUAUGGAACAGAACUCCUCAAAAGGCUCAGGUUUUAGCUGAAACUCUCUCUAAGGAUCCUCAGCACACCGAGAUCACAUUCGAGAGCCACGAUUCGUUAGAUGAAAUCGUUCCUCUUGGAGAUAUCAUAAGCUGUGCGACAAACUCAACUGUUCCGUUGGUCAAAGGCGAGUUCUUGAAACCCGGAACUCAUCUUGACCUUGUUGGUUCGUUCAGCCAUGCGAUGAAGGAAUGUGACGACGAGGCGAUACAGAGAGGGAGUGUGUUUGUGGAUAACGAUAUCGCGAUGGAAGAAGCUGGAGAGCUCGUGGGAGCGUUUGAGAGAGGAGUGAUCAAGAGAGAAGAGAUCUGUGGGAAUUUGGUUGAGUUGAUAAAAGGAGACAAAGCGGGGAGAAAGAGUUCAACGGAAAUAACGGUUUUUAAGUCUGUUGGUUCGGGUACUGUGGAUCUCUUAGCUGCACAACUCGUUUACGAGAAUUAUCUCAGCCGUUCUUGAGUUGUGAAUCUUUUUUCAGAAGUUGUCACUUGUCUCCUAAAUGAAAGAACAUAUUGAUAUGGUUGUAUCAACGAUACAUUGACAUAAGCCAUUUGUUAAAUUAGAUGCAGUUUUCUUGUCAAAAAUUUGGAAUUGUUGAAAGUCUGUCACAGGUGAAGCAAGAAAAGACUUGUUGGC